GCCGACACUUUUGACCUAGCUAAAAUAUUAUGGACAGGAUAAAAUUAUACGCAUUUAGUAGAAAAGGCUGGGUUAAAAUUGAACAUGUUCGAGCGGGAGCGGACAGAUACCUCGCUCAUACACUCACUUCAGCUCGACCGACUAACUAAUCUAUAGAACAUCUGAGAAACCUAGCUAGCUAGCUACACGAGAUAACUUUGGUUUCGUCGGGAAAUCCACACAAUGUGGAGUUGAUGCACGUGUACAAACGGUGUUCUUUUUUUUAUUUAUCGGACACGAUCAAUUUACCUUACGCAAGCUCAUAUUUGAUUUAAUAUAAUAAGCUAAACUGAUUUAUAUAAGAAAUUAUAACCCAGGUUAUUUUGCUAAUCAUAUCUCAACAUAAUUUAAAGACAGAGACUAUUUUCCCUGUCGAAUAACUCGUUUUGAGGGCCCCUGCUAGAGAACUCGAAAUAAAACUGCAACUACCAAUUGGAUAUCACGAAAAAGGGGAACCAACUGCUGGUCCCACGGUCUACCUGAUGAGUAUGAGCGAGAUUACAGAACCUUCUAAUGAUGCUCCCACUCUUACUGAAGAGUUCCUAGUUGUCUUGAAAGCACCAUAAAUCCAAAGAAUGCCAGACUUUGAUGACAAAAUUUUCCCACGAAGGACUUCCGCGUCACCUUCCUGUUCAAGUGAGCACAGCACAACAAGCUAACAUUAACCCUGCAACAACAGCCCCCAUCCAGUCUGAGGUGAUGAUGACGACGCCGGCUGAGAAGACACAGGAGAAGAAGGCUGAGGAUGUUGUGGCCGUGGAGGAAGAGGAAGAAGAAUAUGUGGUGGAGAAAGUUUUGAAUCGAAGGGUGGUGAAAGGGAGAGUGGAGUACCUUCUUAAGUGGAAAGGCUUUUCUGAUGAUGACAACACAUGGGAGCCAGAGGAUAAUUUGGACUGUCCUGACCUGAUUGCACAGUUUCUGCAGAAACAGAAAUCAGCUCAUGAGUCUGUAGGCAAGAGGAAGUCUGCAGAGCCUAGUGUGGAAGGAGAGGAAAGUCGACCCAAGAAGAAAAAAGAUGACCCAGAGAAACUAAGGGGCUUUGCUCGAGGUUUGGAUCCAGAAAGGAUUAUUGGUGCCACUGACUCCACUGGAGAACUCAUGUUCCUCAUGAAAUGGAAAAACUCGGAUGAAGCAGACCUGGUACCAGCUAAGGAAGCAAAUGUGAAGUGUCCACAGGUGGUAAUAUCCUUCUAUGAGGAGCGGCUCACAUGGCACUCUUACCCCACUGAGGAGGAGGAGAAGAAGGAUGACAAGAACUAGCCGUUUGGAGAGCGGUGUGAGGUAUCAAGCUGGUUCUGAAGACUAUAGAGGUAGUGUUAAGGGCGGAUGGGGCUCUAGGCAGAGGGUCUGAGACAAGCACGACAGCAUGUGGACUCCCCUUUUGGUUUAAUAUCACCCAUCAGGUUAAAAUCUAUCUGGAUAUGACCAAAGUCAAUACAGGCUAUGGGUUCUCUUGAGGAAACACAACCCUGGAAGACAUGUAUAAUGCAGUGUUAAAUGUUUUAAGAUUCACUCCAGUGACUAUUUGGAUACUACGAGAUCAUUUUCACAUGGCAGUUGAGUAAGAGGUCCUGGCCUUUGACAUUAGUGUAUAGGCUGGUGGAAAUGUUAUCAUUCAUAGUCUUGUAAACAAGUCAACGGUGCCAUUUUAGUUUUUCUAUGUAAAUGUUUUGUAGCUUAUAGUGCAAAACGAUGUAAAUCUUUGCUCAUUUUGUGACGGUUUUAGUGUAUUGAGAUGACAAAACAUUUUUGAAAACCAUAUCUUUUUACUUUGCUCAUUUGUCCAUCUUAUCAUUCUAACAUUUUCAUUAACAGGACUAGCUUGUCUGUUUUUGGAGAAUAAACAACUUGUUACAAUUGU